AUUCCAAACUAUUUCCUUUCACCCUUUUACUACGUUUAGCUGGAGAAGCAUGUUCUUUUCCGCCAGUGAUCAGUAGUCUAAAAUCAUUCAGUUUUAUUAUGGCAGGCACGUGGAAGGAUAUAACUGGAUUUCUAAAUUCUAUUUAUCAAAGUGUACCAGCUGUUCUGCCUCGGAAGGAAAUUGAAAAAGUAAUCAUAAAGGAGGUCGAAAUGGUUCACUUUCGAGGAACUUUUAUUCGACUCGCCGGCUUUUCAGGGGCAUUGUCGGUCAUAAUGGCAGCGUAUGGUUCUCAUGGUUUUGACAAGAGUGAUAUUAACCAACAACUGAAAAGGACGUAUGAAAUUGGCAACAAAAUGCAUAUGAUCCAUAGUGUGGCACUCUUGGCAUCCCCUAUGACAAGAAAACCUGUUUUGGUGGGCUCUCUGCUAACUGCUGGGAUACUGUUAUUCUCUGGUAGCUGCUACUACCAUGCCUUGACUGGAAAUCAGCGUGUCCGCUAUGUGACACCUUAUGGAGGGAUGUUACUGAUUUUUGCUUGGCUUGCCAUGAUGCUGUAAACUAUCUGACAUAGUGACAUCAGAUUUUUGCAGUAGGUCUUGUUUCCCCUGUUUUUGUGAUCACACAACUAAUUCUUUUAAUCUAAUUAGCUUUCUUAAAAGAUCCUUUGCGGAUUGUGUGAUAGUUUCUUUUCUUUAGUGGAUCACAUGGUGAACAGAUGGCAGUGAAUAUGACUGCAGUGAUGAGGAUUUGGGUUUAUUGUACAGUAAAAGGUUAAUACAUUUGCCAAAUUUCUAUCCCUUGCUAUGUGUCUCAGAGUAAAGUGUCAAAACAGGACGAAAAACAACAUUGCACUGAGCAGUGGGUGAAGUAAAAAGCAGGAUUUUCUUUUUUCUGGACAAUACACUUGAGCAUUUUAUAGUAGUAUACUGUUUGUGUUUUGAGCAGUGAUGUUUGGUCGCAGGGGUUUUUCAAGCCGAAGAGAAGAAAAAUAGCAUGAUCCAGUGUUGAUGAGUUAAUCACGAAGAAAGUCUGUUAAGGUAGGGACCAUUAUAGCCAGUGAAGGCAUGUUGUGAUCCAUAAACAGGAUGCAGUAUAGUGGUUGUGCCUUUAGCCCAUAAGGUUGGUUUUUAUUCAGGAAACUGUUAACUGCAUCAGGGAUAUAAUUAUGAAUAUCAUCAUUGAGUUGGACUCCUUAGCUUCUACAUAUAUAUAAAACAAAUGUGAAAUGUGAAAGAAACUGCAAAAUGCAAACAACAUAUUGGUUCAUAUUUAUGUGAUGCAGUAAUGGUGGUAUGUUUAAAAGCAAUAAGUUUUGCAUUUUGAGCUGAGUUUUGCUAGCUGCAGUCAAGUCAUUCUGUGAUCCGUUUAAAAUGAAGUAAUUAUGUCCCAGGAAGAUAAAUUGUCAUGUAAAAAUUCUUUACUUUUCUUGUGAAUUAAAGAAUCUGCUGAAGUGUUCUGGAACCAUUGAUAAAAUUUAGUAAGAUGAGACCAAGUAGAACAAAUUUCAUAAUCUUUAUCAAUAUCUAUUGAAGAGAGCUACAGUGUUGCAAGGCAUAUGUAAUUUACUUGUCAUUUGCCUCCACAGACUGUAAUAUUAUGUGAUGGGAGGUGGCAUAUAGUGUUUAUCUAAUUAUAUGAUUGUAUAUUAUAUAACAAUAAAUGUGUGAGCUUAAACUUUAACUGAGUUGAAGAAAAAAUAACUAUAUGCAGUUUGAUAUUCCAUUUAAUUGGAACAAUAUUUCAUAUCAUGGUUUUGGCAGUAUUUUUAGUUAACUUUACUUUUAGAAGACAUUGUGUUAUCUCCAAUGUUUUGAGGUUGUAUAGAGGUCUUUUACCCACAAACUGCAAAAAUAACCAAAAAUGCAUAUGAACAAAGAAGAAAAUGAACCAGGACUUCAAAGGGGUUGUUCUGUCACAAUGUAAGUGUUUGUCACCUGACUUAUAUCUCAUCUCUGUGCACAUCCUGGGUAUGGUAUAUGAACAAUAAAUGAGACAAAAAUUGAAU